AAGUGAGGGCCCUUUGCUUGCACAACAUGUUGAGGUUAAUUCUGACCCUCUGGAUCAUAGCCACAGCUGCUUGCACUUGGCAGAUUUGCUCCCAAAGGUGACCCUCCCACUGCCUGCUGAGAAUCCAAACCUUUUGAAUGGCCCUGAGCGACAUACACCUCGUGUUAAACAUGGGGAAGAGACUUCCAGAGUCACAGAUCAUCUGUGGAGAGCAGGAGGCUGUUCUGGGAGGCCAUCUGGAUGCACUGCUUGCUCUGUGUUGUGUCCUGCUCCCUGGGGCUCGCUUCCACUGCUCCACAACAAACCCAAGGUGCUGCUGUGCCUCCAGCCAGUACAGGGACUUCAAUCACUUGUUGUUAUUGCCUCUCUGUUUGUGUUUUUCUAAGCAUUUGUGUUCCACCAGCACACUCAGAGUGAGUGCUCUCGAGGGGGAAUUUCCUUCCUGGUAAACAAUCCUGCAGUGUGAUUCAGCAGGAAGGAUGUGGUGGUUAAGGCACUGGACUGGGAUUUGGGAGACAGGAGUUCUGUUCCCAACUCUACCACAGUCAAGAUGUGAUGAUGAGUGGAAGUGCAAGCAAACAAAGAGGAGGAGCUGUGUAGCUGUGGCAAAAACACACUUUCACAUGGCCUGUUAGUCCAGAUUGGGGUUUGGUAAAUCUGGGGUUUGCAUAGAAUCAUAGAAUCUACUGAGUUGGAAAGGACCUCAGGAUCAUCAAGUCCAUCUCUUCACCCUGUACAGGAGUUUUGUUUGGCUACUCAAGUGAAGACAUUAGGAGACAUUAGGGACUCCUGUUUGUGCUGUUCAAAUCUGGAACUCAGUUUAUUCCAGGAACCCAGCUGUGUUUUUAACUCCAUGUUGUUUUACCUUCCAUGGGCUCUCAGAUGCCACUUUCCAGUGCUUCUUGGUUGACUCGGUUCAGUUUCCCAUUGCAUUCUCUGAUCUUCAGGCACAUGUCCUAUGGCUCCUACACCAAGUUGUACAUGCAUAUAGGUUCUCCACUCUCCUGCUAAAUUCAAGGACAACAGACCACACACAAGAUAUUCUCUUUCUCACACAGGGUGAAGCUCCUACAGUUUGACAGUAACUCUACAUUUUCUUUCCAGAAACAAGAGCUUGGGCUGCAUCUCUGCGUUUAGACCUCCAACCUCAGCAUCCUGAUCUGGUGCCGCCUUUGGGAGGAUGAAUCAGGACAAUUACUCAAGUGAUCCGCCCAUGGGCCAGGACCCACUCGUACUGCUGAAAACCCUUGAGCUUCUCUGGACAAAGCAGGAGCUGGGGAAGCUCAAGGAAGAAAUCAGGCGGGGCUUUGCCAGAUUGGAGGACCCUUUGGCAGGACUCCUGGCCAUGCUGGAGAGCAGCAGUGAUUGGAAAGGGAGAGGGCAUUCCCUGGGGUAUUGCAUCACCACGGAGCUGCAGCUUUGGAUAAAAGCACAUCCUGCUGUCCCACAGGCAGCCAUACUGAGUAUUAAGCUGAAAUUACAGCCAGAUCAAGAUGUAGAGAAGAUGUGUACCCCACUACUCCUCCAGGAUAAAGCUAACUUGGUGGAAGAAUAUGUGGCAGAAUAUCCUGAGCUCCAGAGGAAGCUCUUGCAGACCCUGGACACGUGGUGUAAUCCCAGCUUCAAUAUCAGAGACAUCACAAGACCGUAUCAAGGCCUGUCCAAGUACAAACCCGAAAAAUUUAACCACAGGGUGCUCAGUAAGCUGGUCUUCAGGCUCCUGGAGAGAUUCAACGUUGACUCAGCUCUCUGCCCUAAUGUCAUAAAUCAGCGGCACUUGAGAACCCUGAAAUACCUCUUUUACAAGAGAUUUGUUGAGAAAACCAUGACUGAGGAGAAUUGGGCAGACCACAUUCAGAGCACAGUUGGGGAUAACCGGUGGCUCCAAGAACAGCUGGUGCAGUUGCUGCUCCGUCACUGUGACGCGCGCGGGGCGGCACGGUGGGCGCAGUGCUGCCGCGUGCCCCCCGAGAUGCUGCCUCAGGCUGUGGCUGAGGAGCUUCAGAAGCUGCACAUCCAGGACAGGGUGGAAGAGGUCACAAAAGCAGGUAAUUAUGAGGCCAGUAGGAAGAAGGACUAUUACCAGCUUCCUAUUCCACGGGAAAAUAUUCACUUUCUGCAGACAUGGGAGGAGAUGCUGCAGUGCUGGGAGAAGGUGCUGCAGCCUGGGCAGGUCGUUGGUGUGGACAUGGAGUGGAAGCCUUCCUUUGGCAUGGUGGGGAAGCCCCGUGUCGCCCUCCUGCAACUUGCACUGAAGGAUGAGGUGUUCCUGUUGGACCUGCCACAGCUCCUCGAGCAAGCUGAGGCUGAGGGGGAAAAGGAGAAGCUUCCCCAUUUCAUCCAGAUGCUCUAUUCAGAUGCAACCAUCACUAAACUAGGUUAUGGGAUGUCUGGAGACCUCAGCAGCCUUGCAGCCACAUGUUCUGCUCUGAAAGACACAGAGAAGCAAAUGCAAGGUGUGGUGGAUCUUCUUGCAGUGGACAAACAACUGCAGUGGGGGAAGGACAGCCGGAAGGUCGAUGGACUGUCCCCGGAGCACAGCCACAAGGAGAGAGGGGUCAGGCAGCCAGAGAAGGGACUCAGCCUCCUGGUGCAGCAUGUGCUGGGGAAGCCUCUGGAUAAAACAGAGCAGCUGUCAAACUGGGAGAAGCGGCCACUCCGGGAGGAGCAGAUCCUCUAUGCAGCCUCAGAUGCCUACUGCUUGCUGGAGAUCUAUGAGAGGCUCUGCAAGGACCCUGAGAGCUUCGGUCUGAGUUCAGACCUGACAGACAGUCUGGUGGGAAAACAGAGCAAAAAACCCAGGGCAAAGAAGCAUCUGAAUAAACAAGAAGCACCAUCACCUUCUGGACAGGAAUGUCAAGGACCCAGAACGGAGCCCUCACGCCCCCCUGCCCCCAUCUCCCCCCCUGCCCCCAUCUCCCCCCAGGAGUUCAGUGUGGUCUGUGACAACAUGCUGCAGGGCCUGGGGCGCUACCUGCGCUGCCUGGGCGUGGAUGUCCGGCUGCUGGACAAUGAGGAUGACCAUAGGAAAGCUGCUGAGAUUGCCCGACAGGAAGGAAGAGUAAUUUUGACCUCUGGACUCCCAUAUCAGACUCUGCGCUCCCAGGUGGGAGAAGGAAGGUGUUUCUCUGUGAACUGCUCCGAGAAGGCAAAGGAACAGGCGCUGCAGGUGCUGAAGCACUUCAACGUGCAGGUGUCCCUGGGUGACAUCUUCAGCCGCUGCCAGGUAUGCAAUUGCAACAAGUACCUGAAGGUCUCACGGGAGGGGAUGAAGCAGCUGGUGGAGAGCAGCAAAGCGUCAGGGGAGCACAGUGCAGGCUGCCUGGGGAGCCAGAGCUGCAGUGUCACCGUGCCAGACUGUGACACAGCCCAGCCUGGCUGUGCCCCACACAGCGAGCAGGCAGAGGCAAUGGAGCAGUGCGGGGCAGCCGCGGUGCUGGCAGGGGACACGGUCCUGCAGGUCACUGCCAUCCCCCUCGGGGUGCUGGACAGAGCAGAGCUCACCGACUUCUACUGCUGCACCUGCUGUGGGAAAGUGUUUUGGGAAGGGUCCCAUUUUGGACGCAUCGUCUCCCAGUUUCAGGAUGUUCUUGUGGCCUCUGGAGACACACAGAGCAUCUAUGAGCUGAGCUGAGCUGAGCUGAGCUGAGCUGAGCUGAGUAGAAGCACAGGGGCUCCACAGGGGAACUGGGACUGCCUGGGGAACCUCAGCAGAUUUUGGGUCGUGUGUUUCCAGAGAGAGGCUGGAAGUGGGGAGGUGGGAGCUCUCAUUUUGGGAUCCAUCACAGAGAGCACUGUCACAGGUGCACCAGUGGUUUGCAACAGCCCAAAAAUACAUGGCCUCCAUGAGAUCAUUAAAGCAGAGGUGGCUGAAGAAUGGACCCUUUGCUUUAUUUCUGCCCCUCUCCAAACUGCACAUAGCGAGAUGGUGGGAGGGCUCUGCUGAACAAAACCACCACCCCAGCAGUGCCGACCCCACCACACACACACCCCAGUGCCCCUCUGCCCACUUACCCAUGGGGAGCAGGAGCUGCAUCCCCAACAGCAGCACAGGGCAGAGAGCAUCCUAAGCACUCCCAGCCUGUGGGACUUGUGCCAAGCCUCAACCCAUCCCCAGCAUCCUGCUCACCCUGACCCUGCACUCCCAGCACUCCUUGGAGGCAGCUGGUGGGCCCAGGCGUGGACAUCUGGGGAGGCUGAGCAUUGCUGGGCUCAGGGAAAUCUCUGGGUGUACCACAAUGCCCACUGGCACCUGCACCCCCUGUGCUGCAGCCUGGGAUACCCCAGCGGGGCCAGGCUGGUCCUGGGGGUCUCCCACUGCUGCCAAAACUGCCAGCUUCCUCCUCCCCUGGGGGGGCGCCUGAGCACAGCCCCGUACCCAGGCCCUGUGCAGGGUGCACAGGCGAGGCAAGAAGGUGUGUGGGCCCACUAAUACCAGGAACUGGCAUCACUGGUGGGACCGGCCAGAGGAGGCUGCAUCUCACCAUGGAGAUCCCAGGCAGGUCCUGCAGCCCCAUGGGGCUGCUGUCCAGUGCCUCCCAAUCCAGGUUCACACCAUUCCAUCCUGAACAGAGGAGCGUCUGCAAAACUCCUCCUCUAAUCUGUUUUAUCUGCCGGGCCUGCUGUUAUUGUUGAGAGGGCCUGAGGAGCUCUUGGCUGAGGUGUGACAUUUAUGAGCUAGUGAAGCACCUGCCCAGGCAGCUCAGGCUGUAGUGCAGGACUCAUUUUCCCUCUUCCAAAGGUCUUGGACACAUGGUGCCAGGGGGUCCUUCCUCCCAGGGACAUCUCACCCUCUGGCUUAAUGCUGUAAUAAAAGAAACAAGCAAUUUUUCCACUUUAAAUAUUCUUCUUUUCCAUAAGAUCCACAAUAUCAAUGCCUGAGCAUUAAUUGGUACAAGUGACACUAAAAGGCAACCAUCCCCACACUGCCAGUACUGGACACUGGGCAGUCCAAAUACCCCAGGCUCCACACAGACUCAUCCUUGUGUCAGCAUCCUGCUUCUUCAGGAUUUGUUCUGGGAGGGCAGAAACUGGGGAUGAGGCAAAGCAGGAAUGGUGCAAAGCCUCCAACUGCUGGCCCCCACAGUGUGUGCUGCUUCAUCAUGCCAUGAAAUAAACCUCUUCAAAAUGGGAUUAACCUUUCCAGGUCCUGUUUAGGGGAAGCUGCUGAGCCACAUGCACAUCUGACCACUCAUGGGCACAUUUGGCCUUUUCUUACUGGGUUUUCCAGAGCUGUGGUUUCACAUUCGUCUGCCACUGCUUCUGCUGUGGAGGGGAGCUCACACGAGAUGGGGACACACAGCCGUAUCCCUCACCUGGGGACACCAGCUGCCUAGAAGGUGCCUUUCCCUCUGAUCCCUGGGGACAGUUGACCUCCUGGUCAACUCCAGGAUUUUAUCUGCUUGAGAGCUCUCCCAGUUUAGGGGUGAGCUCUUGUGCUUACAGUCAGGGCUGUGCUAGGGCAGGGUCCCAUGGCUGGGACUUGUUCUAGGACACCAACCCAGGGCAGAAUCCAGCAAGUGGUGCGUACCUGUGGACAUGGCACAAAACAGCUCUUAGAGGAUUCCAUCCAGCUCCUGGGGACAGGGGCAGUGUCUGGGACCCAGCACAGCACCUCUUCCUUCCUGCUGCCCACAGGAGGUGGUGCCAUGGUGGGAAGUGUGCAGCAAGGUCACCUCCAAUCAUAUAGGUGCUAUGUCACAGCAAAUGUGUCAACAGCAAAUUCCACAUCGGAUUAGCCUUGAGGAGCAUCCAGGAGGUAAUAAAUUGUCCAGUUCUGAAUAGUGGAUACUUAUUAAAGGGAAUUAAAGCAACU